GUGCGCGGCCAUGGCGGCGGCCGCGGCCUUCUGCUCCGAGAUGGAGCCGGCGCCUCCUCCCGCCGCCGCUCCUCCCGCCCCCGCCGCCGCCGAGCCGCGCUCGGCCGAGCUGGUGUGCGCCCAAGGACGGAACCUGAAGGCGGUUCUGUGCCUGCGCUGCGGGUCCCGCGUGUUGCUGCCCGGCGCAGCCACCUUCGCCCUCCGCGAGCUGCUCCUGCCCGCCAUGCGGAAGAAGGCGGCGGCGGCGGCGGGCGGCGGCGGGGACCUGGUGCGGGAGCACUGGCUGGUGCGCGACAUGUUCUCCUUCGAGAACGUGGGCUUCACUCGCGACGUGGGCAACGUCAAGUUCCUGGUGUGCGCCGACUGCGAGGCGGGGCCCAUCGGCUGGCACUGCCUGGAUGACAAGGACAGCUUCUACGUGGCGCUGGAGCGCGUGGCGCACGAGUGACCGCGGCGAUGGGCUCGGGGGUAGCCGCGCGGGGAGCCGGGCUCCACGGCCGGGAACCGCGCCUGCCCCGCGCCCGACAGCCACGGACUCGGCCCGACCCUGUCUGGCUGCCCCACGGCUCGCCUCACCGACAGCCCCACCGGCCACGCCACAACCCAGAGCCACGGACUGACCGGCAUCGGCACAGCCAGCGCCUCACAGGAGCCCGCGCGAGGGGACGUCGGGUCCGUGCGGCGCCUCCAGGGACGGCUCUGACAGCCCCCACUGCCUGGCUGCUCCCUGUCACUGCUUCCCGUGAGGCUGAUGGUUCCAAACGUGCUCAGAUGUCUUUCAGGCUGCUUGGUUUGUGACACAGCCGUGUAAAUGUGGGUGCUGGCACGAGGGCAAGGGGAGGAGAAGACUGCUGCAUUGAACCAUCAUGGCAACUUAAAUUGUCUGAACCACAGCCAAAGCAGUUACAGGGUUUAAGGAUGUAUCUUCUGUUGAUUUUCAGAAGAAACGUUCCCUGCCUCAAACCUUAACAUUUAGGUCGUCUUAAAACCUCAUCCAACCUGACAACUGUAUCCUGUAAGAGUAUAUGGCUCUUAGAAUGUGUGUAAGGCCUUUGAAUGAACUUUGUGUGCAGCUUUACUAACUGAGUUCUCAGAAACAAAAUAAGAUACAAGUAGAGUCUGCAGACAGCAUAGGCUGCUAGAGCAGCAAAUAUAGAAAGUGUGCAAGAUCAUCCUCUUUCCAGGCAGCAGGAAUGAAGAGAAUCCAACCUGAAAAGGAUUUGAAUCAUUGGACAAGCACUGUCCAGCGACUGCCAGUCUCAAAGCUGAAUGUCAGAGCAGCUGCUUGUGUAUGAAAGUCAGGGAGGAAUUUCCCCUCUGUGAAAGCAGCUGAUGGGAGCAGAGAUGGAAUAUUGUGUCUAGUUUUGGUCUCUGCCUUACAAAAGAUGGGCACAAAGUUGACUGAAAUUGCUCAUGUCAUGACUCUCGCUGUGUUUAUCUCCUGGUAAUUGUCCAGUUUGCAUUGUCCAUGUGCAGACCCCUGUAUGAACAAUACAGCAGCUCUGCAGUGAUCGUCCUGGCUCACAGAGGACAUACCUCACUGCUAAUAAACCCGUGGUGCCCAUGUAGCUGGAAAGGCACGACUGUCCUUAUGCUGGGAUGAUGAAGCUGUAUCUGCCACCAACAUCAGGAUCAAUUGUACUUAAAAGACUAGCAGUGUUGAUGCCACAAGGCUGUGGGAGAGACAUUUCCUUGCAGGUUUGCUGGCAGGAAGCCUGUAAGGCAGGAAGAGCCUCAGGUAGCUUUUCCAGAGGCAUUCUGACAGCUCCCUCUGUGAGCAGUCAGGAUUUAUGAAUGGGCAGGAGAGAAGCAUAACUCCAUAGUCUAGUGAUUAAGGUAGGAGGUGAGGCUUGUGCUAUGUCCUUGCUGUGUCAGGUGCCCCGUUGAUGUGACAGCUGCUUCUUUCCUCCUGCCCUUGUCUUUUAGCCCUGAGCCCAGCAACUGGACAGACUCAUCAAGGGAGUGUACCUAGAAGGGCAGAAGAGCUUCAUUUGGGUUCUGCACAGGCACUGAAAUGGUGGGAUCACAUCACUUUAAUGUCACACUUUCACUUAGAUCAUUGUCUGUUGUGGAAUGUGUUUUGACCUGUAAUACUUAGACUGUAGUCCCUGGUACUAAAACAUGAAAUGUGCUGCACAGUGGUUUCAUUUCAGAGAGGCCACUGUGCUGAUCAGGCUUGUGGGUAUCAGCUUCAUUAACACUGAGUAAAUGGCACUCCUCCAAGAAAUGGUACCUGUGGAUUCCUGAUACUGGGGAACAGUCAGUGAGUGGCACUGGGAUGAAGCUGAGGUGGAGGCAGCAGCCUCACCCAGACAAUGGAAAACUUCCUAGAGAAAGGCCUUUGUCACAUCAGUACAGUAUUGCCCUGUGCUGGUGAGCAAUGAAAGCUGCUCCUGCCUUUCAGUGCAAGAGAUGUGCUGAGUGGAUACAUCUUCCACAGGAUGCAGGUUGGGUUCCUGCUGACUCUUAAGGAGGGUCACACAGACAGACACAUAUAGUUCUUCAGGAGUUCAUGGGAGGAGACUUUUGUACCACAAGAUCUUGGGAUCUUUCAGUCUCAGGUAGGACCUUGGCUUCCUGCAGCCUGGAGGAGCUGUGAGAGAUGCCCUUGAAGUCCAGGUAGCACAGGCAGAGACCUGGUGCUGGUGAAGGGGCAGCCAUGCAGCAGAGUUUGACUGCUGAUGCCUGGGUGCCCAUCACAAGGGCUAAUUCAUAUCUGGAGAGGUGAUGUGAGAAAAAUUGGUGAAGAGGGAAAAGGCAGCUUCACACUGUGGAAUCUGAGCCCAGACAGUUCCACUGUGGUGUUAAUGGAGCUUUAGAGGAAGAAUGUCUGCAGUCAGCAAACCUCUGCUGUGUGUGUGCAAGACAGCAACAUCAGGUUUGGGAGCAUCUAAUGAAGCGCUGAACAGUUUUUGUGUUAAUGAAAGCUAAUAAAAGUUUGGAUAGUCCCACAAGUAAA